GCAUGGUGUCAGUAUGAUUUCGGGCAUCGAGGCAGUUACUUGUGCAUCAGAAAUCAUUGCCAAACGCGCUCAGUCGCUAGCACAGAUCACAAAUUAACUACAACGUCCUUGCCAUCAUUAUCAUCGGAAUCAGAAUCGUUAUCAACGUCAAGAUUUUAGUGCAUUUUUUGAAGAAAAAAAAAUUGUUUGUUGGUGUUGUGGUGUGUGGGACAGAACGAAAAAGUAAAAAAAAAAUAUAUACGAACAAUUGAUCAACAAAAAGAGAAAAAAACUUCGUGUUUUUUGAUAAAAGACAAAUUUCGUGCAAAACAAUUUUGAAAAAGGCUCUUGAGAGACAAAGUGUUCAUCACACUCAACCCGAAAAGGAUCACACGUUUCAAUUUAAAUAUUAUCAUCGCCUGACGAUCGCAUCAUUGCCUCUAUCAUCAACAUCAUCGUUCUUGUCGUUUGAUCGAUCGAUUUUUUCCGUUGGAAUCCGUGUUCGACAAAAGCGACAAAAUUUUUGUGUACGAUAUUCUACGACCGAGCACCGCGACACUGGAUCAGCGGGGGCAUAUUGGUUCGGAUUCAGCCACAAACUGCAUCAAAAGACGAAAAUGUGAAAUGGACCGUGAACGGGAUAUGUUGUCAUCAAUGGAACCACGUGAUUUAUCAUCAUCGGGUCGUAUAUUUUCGGCGGCCACAGCGGCUCAAAUUAAAAUUAGCACAUCACCAACACGAUCGCCAACCAUGUCGAAUUCAUCGUCACCAACGCACACACCAACCACACCAGCACCCAUUUCGCCCGCAUUGAGCAGCGGCACCACCAGCACAUACCAUCAUGGUAAUCAUAAGACAAUCACUGGUAUACCAUGUGUUGCGGCCGCAUCCAGAUACACGGCACCCGUGCAUAUUGACGUUGGCGGCACCAUUUAUACCAGCUCAUUGGAAACAUUGACCAAAUAUCCCGACUCCAGAUUGGCCAAAUUGUUUAACGGCACCAUACCCAUUGUAUUGGACUCACUGAAACAACACUAUUUUAUCGAUCGUGAUGGCGGCAUGUUUAGACACAUUUUGAAUUUUAUGCGCAAUUCCAAGCUACUCAUCCCCGAUGAUUUUUCUGACAUCGAUCUACUGCUGGAGGAGGCACGCUAUUUCGAAAUUGGACCGAUGGUGAAGCAGCUGGAGCAAUCGAAAAAGGAUCGAGUCAUUCGAAAUGGAAAUACAACGGCACAGAAUGCACUGGGCACAUCAACGUCACCAAUGAAUCCGUCACGCAUGAAAAACCAUCAAAAUCGUACACAAUCGAUGGACACAUAUGAAAUUGUUGCGUUGCACAUAUCGCCCGAUUUGGGUGAACGCAUUAUGUUAUCGGCCGAACGUUUCAUCUUGGAUGAAAUCUUUCCGGAAACGAAUCAAGCGGUGCUCGAUGGUCGCACAAAUGUCGCAUGGAAUCAAUUAGACGGUCGACAAAUCAUUCGAUUCCCGCUCAAUGGAUACUGUAAACUCAAUUCCAUUCAAGUGUUGACACGUUUACUGAAUGCCGGUUUCAGCAUUGAGGCCAGCACAGGUGGCGGUGUCGAGGGUCAACAAUUCUCUGAGUAUUUGCUUGUCCGAAAGCAUUCAACAGUGUGAUAUUUAUAAGUGCAUCAAUGAUAUAUGUGACACUCAUUUCUUCGCCAACACCCCAAAUCACCAUAUUUAAUCUCGUCUCUCUAUCACACAUAAUUUAUUUGAAUAAAAAGAAACACACA